AUGUCCCGUUGGUCGCGUUGUGAGGAUGGCGAAGAUGCUGUGUAUCAAGACACCGACUCGGAUGUACUAGAACAGCGAGACUGUGGAAAGGUCAAAGUUAGAUGGACUCAAGAAGAGGAUGACAACCUCAAGGCUCUAGUUAAUAAAAUGGGACCAGAUGAUUGGAAAUAUAUUGCCAGCUUCAUACCAAAUCACACUGAACAACAAUGUCAGCACCGUUGGUUCAAGGUAUUGGAUCCAGAUUUGGUCAAAGGACCUUGGACUAAAGAGGAAGAUGAGAAGGUCAUAGAACUUGUGAACCUCUAUGGCAACAAACAGUGGGCCAUUGUAGCCAAGCAUCUGAAGGGUAGACUGGGAAAGCAGUGCAGAGAGCGCUGGCACAACCAUCUCAACCCUGAUGUGAAGAAGUCUUCUUGGACAGCUGAUGAGGAUCUCAUCAUCUACAAGGCUCACUGUGUGCUUGGAAACCGCUGGGCUGAGAUCGCUAAACUACUCCCUGGACGGACAGAUAAUGCUGUUAAGAAUCACUGGAAUUCUACCAUCAAACGUAAGCUGGAAAUGGGCUUUUAUGCUGGGGAGGUCAUCAAACCAAAUGAAUACGAAGAGCUAUUGGCCAGUAUUAGAAAAGACAUGCAGAUGACUCAUUCUUCCGAUUGUGGUGUGGACAAGGACCCAGAGCAGAAAACUUGUCUAACAGAAGCAUUUACUGCAGUGCGGAAAAGUAGCCCAAGGGAGGCAGGUCCAACAAAGACUUCUCUAAAGCAGGGGUUGAGCCCAAAGACUGAGGCUGAUGCUUCAGGAGAAAUAAAUCCCACCAGCUGGGUGGUGGACAGCUCUGGAUUUCUCUCCCCCACUGGCCCUCCAUUGAAGGAAGUUAUGGACAUGGUAGAUGGGGACCUUGAUGGGUGGUGCAACCUUGCAGCCUUUGACCUGGCUGAGGAGAUUCAGAGCCCUGAGCGUCACCAGUUUCGCCUGGAGGGCAGUGCCUUGCAGGAGCUAAGCAAAUGCAGCAAAGGAGAACUCAUCCCUAUAUCACCUGGAGGGGUCACCUCGCCUUCUAUACUCAAUCGACGAAGUCAUCGACGAAUCGCCUUGUCUCCCGAUGCUAAUAACGCUAUGACUCCCAAAAACACACCUGUGAAAAUCCUGCCUUUUUCUCCCUCACAAUUCCUCAACAUGUGGACCAAACAGGACACUCAUGACCUGGAGAACCCAUCUCUCACAUCCACCCCAGUGUGCAGUCAGAAAGCCACUGUUAGGACACCAUUGCGACGUGACAAUACACCUAAAAUUAAAGAGAACUCUGUAUUUAUCACACCCAACCACAAAGCUGAGCUUUAUACUAUGCCACGAACGCCAACUCCAUUCAAAAAUGCUAUGGAGAAAUAUGGCCCUCUACAACCCUUGCCCCAGACUCCCAACUUGGAAGAGGACAUAAUUGAGGUCAUGUCCAGAGAGGCUGGAAUUGAAUUGGCUGUGGGUGAAUAUUCACCUGAGCCACGGCGAAAAAUAUUGCAUCGGCCUCCUAAGAAGAAAGUGCGCAAAUCAUUGGCCUUGGAUGUUAUCAACUGUAAUGAAGCAGCCAUUGCUAAGCAGAGGCCCAUUAUAUCUGAAUCUUCACACAGCUCAAAGGCAGAGACUUCGCUUUCCGUUUCCUUGAACUCUUCCUCAUUUUACAUAAAGAGAGAAGAAAAUGUUUUAGAUCAGGGCUUCCUUUUGGAAACCAUUGAUACAACUGUACAUCAUAGCUCCAUAACCCCAACUCCAAUGUCUAAAGAAUGGGAGACAGUUGUAUGUGGACAAACUAAAGACCAGCUUAUAAUGACGGAGAGAGCAAGACACUAUCUACGCUCCAUACGAUCCCACACUCCUAGCCGCGCCCUCAUCUUGUCUUGAGACAGUUCUUCAUGUGCCAAGUUGUUAGAUGUGUAGAACUUUAUUCUUCCAGUUCUUCAUUUUAAGUGGUGGUAGGAACUGUCAUCGAUAGUGUUAUGUGCAAAAAAAAUUUUUUUUUAUUUCCAAUCUAGUUAACUUGCAGUUUAGCUCAAUCAGUCAUUGAGGAUAAUUUGAGGCAGGAGAGCCACACAUAUCAAUAGCUCCGAUAACAUUGGUAAACAAAAGAGCCACUCAUAUCUAUGGCUCUGUUAGCGACGGGCGUUGGUAAACAUCUGAUCACAACAAGCCACGCAUAUCAAUGGCGUUGACAACGACUCCUAGAGGAUAAAUUCUGAGUCUCAUCACCAGCCAGUCACUAGCUUGGUCUAGUCAGAAAGGCACGAACUGAGGAAGCCUCUUGGAUGAGAGGCGAAACGUCUUCACGGAUAUAUACCAAGUCCAGUUGCACUUGAUUCUACUCCUUUGGAUAGGCAGGAUGGUGCUUUUCCUCAGCAUGAUGCCCUGAGUAAAGCUUGGAUACCAGUGUACAUAAACGUCAGUUCAGUCUGUUCUUUUCAGAACUUAAUAAUGUGAAUGAAUAAUGUGGGGGGGAAAAGCCGAAUAUGAAAUGGUAGAUCAACAGGAACAAGAUUUU